AUGUUGAACAAGCUACUUGUACCGCUGAUUGUUCUCUUCUCGAGAGCUUCAUCGCGAACCGCGUCAGAAAAACGGCUCGACAAUGGCGUUGGACGCACGCCAGCACUCGGCUGGAACUCUUGGAACCAGGGAGGCUGCAACGCGGCUUCAGCUACUGUCGUGCUGAACACAGCUAAGGCCUUCGUCGACCUGGGCCUCAAGGACCUUGGAUACACCUACGUUAACAUCGACGACUGCUGGUCGGCCAAGCAGCGCAACAGCACCGGCCACCUUGUUGCUGACACGUCAAAGUUUCCAAAGGGCAUCGAUGGCCUCGCUCGCGAGGUCCAUGCCAUGGGGCUGAAGCUCGGUUUGUACGGCGACGCGGGCACCCAGACGUGCGCUCUGUAUCCGGGGUCGUACGGCUCCGAGCAGAAGGACGCGGACACGCUUGCUGCCUGGGGCGUCGACUACUGGAAGUUUGACAACUGCCUGACGGAGCAGGUCUACACGAACAAGGGUAUCAAGUCGCAGCAGUAUUACCCCAUCAUGCGCGAUGCGCUGCUCAAGACGGGCAGACCCAUUUUGUUUUCUAUUUGCCAGUGGGGAAGAGACGAGGUAUGGACCUGGGGAGGCAAGGUUGGGAACUCGUGGCGCAUGUCCGAGGACAUCCAAAACAACUGGGCGUCUGUCUCGAGUAUCGCAGCCAGGGCAGCCACCAUGUAUCAGUAUGCGGCCCCGGGCGGCUUCAACGAUUUGGAUAUGAUGGAACUCGGCAACGGCGUUCUCACCGAAGCGGAGGAGCGAGCCCAUUUUGGUCUGUGGGCCAUCAUGAAGUCGCCCAUAAUCAUGGGCACAGACAUGACCAAACUGAAGGCAUCGACGUUGAAUAUCAUCAAGAACAAGGGCAUCCUGGCCAUCCACCAAGACCCCCUCGGCAAAGCCGCCACCACUUUUACGCCGAAGGGUCAGCCCGCGCCCGUCAGCGGCAAGCUGUACAGGUACUAUGCCGGGCCGCUUUCUGACGGAGUUGUCGUUGGCCUGGUCGCGGCGGACGGAGCCGAGACGCUGACGGUCAACUUUAGCGACGUGCCCGGCCUAGGCGCGGGUAGCUUCACGUGGACGGAGCUGUAUAGUGGACGUAACGGGACGGGCACGUCGGUGUCGCAGAGGCUGGCCACGCACGAUAUGGCCGUGUUCAAGGUUGUGACCCACGUGUAA